AUCAACAGCCCCUCUUCUCCUCACAAAACCGAAUGGGUUUCGGUGCUGCGGGGGCGCCAUUUUUGUCACCCUCAGCCCGCCCUUCCCUCCCUUUCCUUCCAGCCCCUACCUUCAGUCACGUUGCCGUUGCUCAUCUUCUCGCUUGCCUGACUCUACGCUUCUAUUGCUAGCUCGUUGCUUAUUUUAUUGUUUUUUGUCCUUCGUUUGUCGAUGCAUGGCGGUGAAUUUCGCAGCAGCGGUGAAUAUUUGGCGAGCGAGUCGAUCUGAUGGCGAUUUAGGUUUAAGGUGGCUGUAGGCUGUGAGAUUCGGGGUGUUGUGAGGACUCAGCGAGGGGCAGACUAGUUCACGAGACAGGGUUGCAGAGAAUACAGUCACUUGUUGCCCCUGUUGUCAAAUAAAUUGAUGCUUCUUUGAGGUAGUUAAUUUUGGGGUUGGAUACCCACCCUGCUCCUUCAGAAGCACGGACUAGUCUUCAAGCAUCAACAGAGUGAGAAGUUAUAUUACUGUGCAAUGUUCCUUCCGAGUAGCGCUGAUUCGCACCCAAGUUGAAUCUUGAUAGGGAAGGAUUAGUUCCGUGGGUCAGCAGGGUGACGGACUGCAGCCACAAUGUUCGAUCGUGGGUCUCGAAGUAAGAAAAUUGAGGUUGCAAAAGGCGUUGAUAUUUCUGCCUUUAAUUUCGAGAUGGAGCUGGAGGAGGAGCGAGUUCCUUCCACAACUUACCAGUCCGGGUUUCACAACUACUUCUUUCCCGCUGUCGGCCGAAGGAAGCCAAUAUUGACUGUGACAAGUUCUGUACCAAGGUCAGAGAGGCAUACGCAACGGCUUGGGAUGUCUGAAGAUGAGAAUCAGCAAAUAAGUUCUUCAAGCUGCACUUCUAAACAAGAAAUGCCCAGGAACAAAGAAUUUACGAGCUUCUCCAACUCUAACCAGGUGAUUGUGACUGCUUCUCGUGCAAGGCUUAAUCAACACUAUGGACGGUUUGUGACUGUAAUUUUUUCCGCAAAACACGUUGAAGUGAAGCAAGCAAAGGAGAUACUAUCCAGAAAAUGGCAACGAGAAGACCUUUGUGUGUUUAAGAGCUUUUACAAGUUUCAUGUUGAGAACGCAGACGAGAAAGCACUUAUUGUUUUACUUCUGCAUAAGCGAAGAGUUUUUGGGCGUUGUUCUAAUUACGAGUGUACAAAUCCCAGUGAUUUGACGGAGUCUCUGGUGAUGGAAAUAAAAAACGAUACGUGGAAAGAUCAGCAGCGACAAAUUUUUGAAUUGUCUCGAGGCUAUCGAGAAGUCUGGAAACGUAUUGAAAUCGAAGAAAUGCUGAAAUACAAGAAGAAGUUAUCAAGAAAUCCUUUUGAAGAAUUAUCACUCAACAGGAGUCUUAUAAGGAAUCCUGAACCAGAUAUAUCCGGAGAAAUGUUCUCACCUUCGGAUAGGCUUAAACCAGAGUCACGCACUUUUGAAACUCUAGUGUACCCUCCAGGUGACCCAGAUGCUGUUACAAUUACAUCAAAGGAUGUGGACGUACUACGACCAGUGGGAUUUUUGAACGAUACUAUUAUUGAUUUCUAUAUAAAAUAUUUACAGAAUCAGCUCUCCAGCAAGGACUUGGGUAGAUUUUAUUUUUUCAACAGCUUUUUCUUUAGAAAGCUUGUUGAUUCCAGCAAUAAAUACACUGGCCCUGAUCGAGGCAAGGUCGUUUAUGACACAGUGCGUAAGUGGACUCGUAAGGUGUCCUUGUUUGAGAAGGACUACGUUUUUAUUCCUGUUAAUCAAAGUUUACAUUGGAGCCUCAUUAUUGUGUGUCAUCUUGGUGCUCUGAGGAGUACACCUGAUGAAGGCAGGGGCACACCUUGUAUUCUGCAUCUGGAUUCCAUGGAAGGGAACCAUGAUGAUAUCGAAGAGCACAUCCGAAACUACAUCGUACAAGCAUGGAUGGAGGAACACCAAAGUUCAGCCAACCACUCUGCAUCAAAGGAAAUAAUUUCCCAAAUGAAGUACAAAGUAGCGACAGUCCCGCAACAAAUCAACCACUGUGAUUGUGGAAUUUAUCUCUUGCAUUACGUAGAACUCUUUCUUAAGGAGGCUCCUAAGCACUUCAAUCUUGCUUCAUUUGAAGGGUUUCCGUACUUUCUUACAAGAACUUGGUUCAAAUCAUCGGAAGUGUCAGCCAAGCGCAGUGCGAUUCGAAACCUGCUCAUGCAACUCCAUGAAGGGUCCCCUUCAAGUGGUUCAGAUGUACAAACCACGCCCCAGCAAAGGGCCCAGGAACUCCAAGUCACCGACGAGAAUGAUCGUUCUAUCCCUUCCAGUAGCAAAACUAUCCAUACCGAUCUUGUGGUGUCACUACAGGUACAAAUCCAGGAAGAAGUGCAUAGUGCUAGAAUGCAAUGUACUUUACCUGAAGGUGGCGUCAGCAUUGAAGCUACGAUAGUAGACCUUCAUAGCGACGACGAUGCUGUUGAAGAGUCUCCCGUAUGUGACUCGCGAACUUUAGAUUUUACGGAUGAGAAGUAUUCUCCUUCCUCCUCUACUUCAGCCCAUUUACACAUCACAUCUCCUGUAGCUUCUAAGAAUACUCCCAUAGUCCCUAAUAGGUCCCAUGGGGUAAUUGGUAGUAAUGAUUCGGAAAGAUUAUCUCAUUCAGCAGAUUUGGUAGUCCUUGGCAAACAAAGACAUCCGUUCCCCUUGGAUUGUGAUGCUAAUGUAAAGAGAAAACUUAGAAGAGUGUAGCGUUUUGUUGGAUUCUAUUGUAAAUUUAUCGUCGAAGUCGUAGAGCAUCGACUUCUGUGCCACGCAAACAUUGUAGCAUUGUUAUGAGGUGUAAGACCCAAGAUGCCAUGUACCAUGAGGCAGGUUCUUCGAGGUACGACGACUGAGAACAUUCACCCCGAAUGCCACUGAACUUGCCUUCGAGUAAAGUAUUCCAGCGGCUUGGUUUUCUUUCUCCGAUAA